CCCAAGCCAAAAAAAUCAUUAAAUUCCCUCCAAACAAAACCACAUGAAUAUAGCAGCAACACUCUUCCUCACACUCUCCAUAAUCCCUUCUCUCUCCGCAGCUCCAUGCAAUCCCCAAUUCUGCGACGCCGUUCUCGGCCCGGAGAUCCGCUUCCCUUUCUUUCUACCGAGCCGCCAAUCACCUAGCUGCGGCUUACCGGGCUUCGAGCUCCGCUGCAACUCACAAAGCCAGACGAUCCUAACCCUACCUCACUCCGGCUCCUUCGCGGUGAACCGCAUCGACUACGCCACUCAGAUCAUCCACAUCGACGAUCCGAACGCGUGCCUGCCGGCUCGGAUCCUCAAUUUCUCGGUUUCCGGGUCGCCGUUCCUCGCCACCUACAAGAGGAGCUACGCCUUCCUAAAUUGCUCCUCCGAUUUCACCGAUUUCGAUCCGAAUCUAUUCACGCCGCUGUAUUGCCUGGGCGCCGUUCUCGCGAUGAGGUCGGAUGCGGCGGCGCCGGUGCCGGCGGCGUGUGUGAGGUUUAAGAGCGUGGAGGUGCCGCUGGAUUUGGGGGAUGAUUUGGAGCUGCUUUGGAACGUGCCGGUGUGCUGGAAUUGUGAAAAUGAGGGCGGUAUUUGCGGAUUGAAGGAGGAGGAUGGAGAGGGCUCUGGCGUUGCUUGCUUCCGCCGUUCUAAAUCAGCUCUUUCAACAAGUGCGAAAUAUGGAAUCAUACUUGGACUUGGAAUACCAGGACUACUAUGUAUUAUGGGGAUCACAUGCUAUGCUUGCGGCUUGAUUCAGCCUUCCAACCUCCGGCACCGCCUCGAGUCUGAACUCCCGAUGACAAUCUCCGACCAAAGGCCGGUGAUAAGGUCGGCGAGCGGCCUCGAUGGGCCCACCAUAAAUUCAUACCCAACAAUGGUCCUAGGAGAGAGCCGUAGGCUUCCCAAAGCGAGCGAUGUCUGUUGUCCGAUUUGCUUGUCCGAUUACCAACCAAAGGAGACUCUAAAGAGUAUUCCAGAAUGCAACCACUAUUUCCAUGCAGAAUGUGUAGACGAGUGGCUUAAGCUCAACGGCUCUUGUCCUGUGUGUAGGACUAGGAAUUAACCCUUCUUGAAAUAUAUCCACAUGUUAAUAUUGAAAAUAUGAAGUAAAAAAAUACUAGUAUAUGAAGUACGGUCCAACACUCCAAACUAAGUUUUAUCUUAAACCAACAAACAAAUUGUAGAA